UGAUCAGUGACGUGCUUGGGUGCGCUUCUUUGUGUCGCGCUGUCCCUCCUGUCCCUUCCCAACCUUUCUUCACAAGCUCCCUAUUCUUUCGUUGGCCUUUACUCUUCUCCUACCUCCUCCACUUGCUUCAGGAAAACCCUACUGCGCCAAGAGCUCCAGCCACCAGGCUGAACAAUUCAGAGAGCGGGAUCAGGAGAAACGCCGCGGCCCGCUUCAUCGCGCGCCCUAAGUGAUCAACGCCGGUUGUGCCCAGAUGGCGUCCCCGUACAAGGCCUAUGAGCCUCCUUCCAACUCCUCCGGCUACCGGACGGACAAAGUCCGUCGCAAGAAGCUGACGGCGCAGAAGAGGAAGGAGAUCAAAGAGGCGUUCGACCUCUUCGACAUCGACGGCUCAGGCACCAUUGAUGCAAGGGAGCUCAACGUUGCCAUGAGAGCCCUGGGAUUCGAGAUGACACCGGAGCAAAUCAACCAGAUGAUCGCGGAGGUGGAUAAGGACGGCAGCGGCACCAUCGACUUCGACGAGUUCGUGCACAUGAUGACGGACAAGAUGGGCGAGCGGGACGCCCGGGACGAGCUCUAUAAGGCCUUCCGCAUCAUCGACAAGGACGGGCAAGAUCUCCGACAUCGACAUCCAGCGGCUGGCCAUCGAGACCGGCGAGCACUUCACGCUCGACGAGGUGAGGGAGAUGAUAGAGGCCGCCGAUGAGAACGGUGACGGCGAGAUCGACCUGGAGGAGUUCAUGAAGAUGAUGAGGCGGACGAACCUCGGGUCUGGGUUUUAAUCCAAGGAAUGGAUUGGAUUGAUGAACAAGCCUAGAAAAUAUGAUUGCAGAAUAUGAAUUUAGUAGCUACAAACGGCAUGGUUCUGUAUAGAUCAAUGGUUGCAGCACAUCCAGGAAUUGCAGAGCCUCCACUGGACCCUUCUAAAAAAACAAAGGACACCGAAUCAGUGGAGCCAUGAACAAAAUCUUUAUCAAGAUACAACAUUAUAACUCGGGUUACAUAGUUGGACCUUAAAAAAAUUGUGUUCAUGCCUAGUUCACUGCACUGGUGUGGUAAUGUAGGAAUAAAAGCGAAUGAUCGAUUGGGUUCCUAUUUUCAGACUAAAAAAAGGUCCAAGGCAACGUGAUCCGCCAUCUCCAAUACUUUUCAACAGGGCCAGCUCGUGCUAAUCAGUUAGACUAUGUAAUUAGUAAUUUUUUAACUGCAUUUAAUGUUCCACGCAUGUGUAUUCAAUGUGACGGGUACUGUGCAAAUUUUUUUGGAAACUAAA